AUGACUUCAGUUGAAAGAAGUAAUAAGAAAAUAAAUAAAUAUAAACUAAAAAAGAAUAGAAAAGAAAAAAGAAAUAUUUUCCCUGGUAGAAACAAAACUAUUAUUAUUAACAGAAAUAUAUUUGUACCAGGGUUGAAUAAUAUUCCAUUGGAAAGUUAA